CGCAGAACAAGAAGCGACCUCAAGACGGUAUUCGGACGCCCGCGUUAAUCGUCUAAGCAUGACUCCCUCCUCUUCUGGAGGCAGUAGGGCCCCGCACCGUCUCCUGAAUUUCGAGCCUGGAAACUCGUCCUCAUCGUCUCCCAGCAGCUCUCCUCCGCUCGGGAAUCAUCAUCAACCAACAGUUGAGGAAGAGAGCGAUGGCCUCGAUUCACCAAGUACGCGAGGUCGGGGUCAUAGCGUCCCAUUAGGCGAAUCGGUAGAUCGUGCAGAUAGAAUAACUUUCAAACGUCGGCAGAGGGCAUCUUCGUCUCGCUAUUCACUCUUUUCCGUUGGAACACCAUUAGGCAUAACGACUCCGUCUCUCCUCCCACCAGAACCAGCGUACAGUCCAUAUUCCUCUGGAACCAACCUCGAUCAACUCCAUCGUUCAGAACAGGGCCAGAAAGACCCGGCGCAAUCGACCUUAGACCCUUGGUCAUCCGAAGGCCCCGGACGGCGUGUUUAUGAUGACCUUACGGCUAUAGAUUGGAUAUUUGAAUACACAAAAGAGCGGAUACGUACUCGGGCGCUUUUCCGGCGGAAACGGAUACUGGGACACAUUGCGCAGUUAUGGGAUUCAAGUCAGGUAUGGAUUGUGCUAAUAGGCACAGGGAUAGCGGCCGGACUGCUAGCGGCAGGUAUUGACAUCGUAACGAACUGGUUGGGGGAUUUGAAACACGGCUAUUGCGACUCAAAUUUUUACCUGAGUCGGGAGUUCUGCUGCUUGGGACUCGAGCCGAGUGACAAGUGCGUUAGUUGGAUUCCAUGGAGUCAGGCGCUGAGAGUGACGGGCUCUAAAGCUGGUAGUUAUAUCAUCGAAUAUUUAUUCUAUAUCAUUUUCUCUAUUGCCUUCGCAGCAACCGCAAGUCUCUUGGUCACGAGAUAUGCCGCAUACGCACGCCACAGUGGAAUUCCGGAGAUCAAGACUGUUCUCGGGGGUUUCGUUAUUCGGCGAUUUAUGGGGACCUGGACAUUAGUCAUCAAAUCUCUCGGCUUGUGCCUGGCGGUUGCCUCUGGUCUAUGGUUGGGUAAAGAAGGUCCUUUAGUCCACGUUGCAUGCUGCUGUGCCAAUCUACUCAUGAAACUGUUCUAUGCGCUGAGGAAAAACGAAGCCCGUAAACGUGAAGUUCUCUCUGCGGCCUCUGCGGCCGGAAUCUCAGUUGCAUUUGGAUCACCAAUCGGAGGAGUACUGUUCAGCCUAGAGCAAUUAUCAUACUACUUUCCAGACAAGACCAUGUGGCAGUCCUUCGUCUGCGCCAUGGUAGCUGCCGUAACACUGCAAUUCAUGAACCCAUUCCGGACCGGCAAACUAGUCUUGUACCAAGUGAAGUACACCCGCGGAUGGCACGACUUUGAAAUGGUCCCGUUUGCCAUCCUUGGGGUUUUGGGGGGCCUCUAUGGAGCCUUCUUCAUAAAACUGAACAUGAGCAUCGCCAGCUGGAGGAAAGAAUCCAAGUUUAAGAAAUACCCCGUAACGGAGGUGGUAAUUGUUGCGGUAAUCACCGCGAUAAUUAACUUUCCAACAACCUUCAUGAACCCCCAAUCUUCAGAACUAGUAGCGAACCUUUUUCAGGAAUGCUCCCCCAAAACCGACGACUUCCUAAACCUGUGCAGCCAUGGCAAAGCCGCCGGGCCAAUCCUCCUCCUCCUAUCUGCGUUGCUAGUGAUGCUUCUAGCCUCAACCACCUUCGGUCUGCAGAUCCCCGCAGGAAUAAUCCUCCCAUCAAUGGCCAUUGGUGCGCUCUACGGGCGUGCAAUGGGGAUGGUGGUCCAAGCCUGGCAGCGCAACCACCCACGCAUCUGGAUAUUCACUUCCUGCGAUCCCGACAUCGAGUGCGUGACACCCGGGGUAUUCGCCAUCAUCGGUGCCGCCUCCGCCCUUGGUGGGGUAACUCGAAUGACAGUCUCUAUCGUCGUGAUAAUGUUCGAGCUGACAGGAGCACUAACAUAUGUCCUACCAAUCAUGAUAGCAGUGAUGAUAUCGAAGUGGGUCGGUGACGCGUUCGGCAAGCGUGGCAUCUACGAAUCCUGGAUCCAAUUUAAGGAAUACCCGUUUUUGGAUAAUCGUGAUGACCCGGUUCCCGAUAUUCCGGUCAGGGAAGUCAUGACCAGGAUUGAAGAUUUGGUGGUUAUCACGGAGGUGGGACAUACUAUUGAUUCCCUAGAGGGGAUAUUGGCAAGCCAGCCGUAUAAAGGAUUUCCGGUCGUGAGCGAUACUCGCCAGGCCGGUUUAGUGGGGUACAUCUCUAGAUCGGAAUUGCGAUUCGCGCUGGAUCAAGCACGGACUCGUAGCGCUAGCGGUGAUACGGAGUGCGUGUUUACGGCGCCGCGCAGCGUUAUCGAGGGAGAUUACUUGGACUUACGGCCCUGGAUGGACCAAACUCCCAUUACCCUCUCGCCAAAAAGUAGUCUCAUGCUUGUCGCGAAUCUGUUCCAGAAGUUGGGCUUGAGAUAUGUGCUUUUUGCCACACAUGGGUUAUUGCAGGGUGUGCUCACCAAGAAAGAUGUGUACUUUGUGCUCAAUGCUGAGGAGAACGCUGCCGGUGUUGCUGGGAGGUUGUCCGGUAUCGGAGAGGCCAGGGAAGGGAGGAGGUUGCUGGGGGGCGAUUUGGAGAGCGAGGCCGAUGAGGAUGACGAGGUUGGGUUAUUGGGGGGAGGAGAGUGACGGGUUGUAGAGGAAGGUUUCUGGCACGUUCUGUUUCUUUCAUGUGUACUUUAUAUUUGGGAUUUGGUGGGAGUUUUUGGGUCAUUUGUUUCAACAGAUUGUAGAUACAUGUGGGGAUUCUCGAGAAGGCUGAAUUGGUUGCGGUUCAAGUUGUUUCCAGGAAGCCUUAGAAAAUUACUGUAUUUGUGAAGGGGAAGAAAAUCGGAAUCAA